AUGUCAAGUGGUCUAGAAAUAUGGAAAUGGAACGACGGAUCAUUUUUCUAUAAUGAGACCAAAUACGGAAAUUGGAAAUUUAAUUACGAAGCUGUUGUGGAUGGUAGGUAUCUUGCUUGGGGGUAUGGAAGACCAGAUUCCAAUCAGAAUUGUUUGGUGAUGAGUGGAAGUCUUCAAUGGCGUUGGGAAGACGGUGAUUGUGCUUCAUUCAGAGGUUACAUUUGCCAAGGACAGUUAGCAGGCAUCCCAAUGAUCUUCGAUGUAAACGUGGUCGAAUGUAGUUCAAAUAUUUCAAUAAAAUGGACUCCAUCAUCAAAUGCACUUGGAGUGACUCACAGUUGCAUUUUUGUUAUUGUCGUAUUCAAACCUGAAAAAGCAAAUUCUACGACAUUUGAAAGCGCAGAAGACCUACAAAAUAUAAAGGGGAAAACUCUAAAGAAUAAUGAAGCUUUCAUCGCUCUUGCCAUUUCCAGAGUUAUUGAUGACGUAUAUUAUGUAACUUUGCACAGGAAACUUGUUCGAAAGAAAAUGUUAAUAGAUGACUUGAAUAUGCAAGAAUUACAAGAUAAUGUGAAUGAUGACCCAUUGUACGCAAAUAUAGCAGUGGAUAAAAUGAAACCGAGGUCACCUUACGAUAUUCCACUGGAGCAACUUUUUGAAAGGUACAAUCGUUUAAAUGAAAAAGACGGUGCUAAAUUCAAAGGGGAGUUUCAGAAUCUCAAAUCAGACGCAAAAGGACUGAAUUAUCCCACAACCAUCGCUUCCUCUGAAUCACUGAAUGGCAAAAACAGAUACAAGAAUAUUCUACCUUGUGAUUUAUCGCGUGUGCUGCUUGAUGGUGAAGGAAAUAUGAGCUACAUUAACGCUUGCUACAUUAACGGAUUCUGUAAAGCAAAGAAGUUCAUUGCUACACAAGGACCGUUGCCAAGUACAGUAAACGAUUUUUGGAGAAUGAUUGUUGAGCAGAAAGUAUCCUGCAUCGUCAUGUUAACGAAAUUUGUGGAAAAUGGCAAGAAAAAGUGUGAGAAAUACUGGCCUUCUCAAGGUUCGCCUAAACAAUUUGGAGAUGUAUAUGUUGAAAAUAGAGACGAAAUAUUCACGGGUUGUUACAAAAUGUUUACACUAACAAUCACAAAAAAGGACGAACAGGGUAUAAAGGUGAUUUUACUCCAAUACCUUAAUUGGCCUGACUAUGGAGUACCAGUUACAACAACAAAUUUAAUGAGAUUUCAUGGAAUUGUUAAAAAACACCAAUCAAAUGCACCAAUAGUUGUUCAUUGCAGUGCUGGAGCGGGAAGAACUGGCGCAUUUAUAGCAUUAGAUUUUUUGCUUCAAGAGAGUGAAUCACUUCGAUCAGUUGAUGUUUACAAUUGCAUUUUGAAGCUGAGAGAGCAGAGAGUAGAUAUGGUUCAAACAUGUGAUCAAUAUAUCAUGGUGCAUAAGCUUAUUUUGGAGAAUUAUUUGUUUGGAAAAACGGAUAUGGAAUCGGAAAAAUUCAAUAGUGUUUUUACCAGAGUUUCUUUGGAUAUCGGUAUAUUACAAAAACAGUUCAACGAUUUGGCCAAAGUUGGGCCAGUGAAUAAGACAAAACAAGGGCAAUUGGCGAAACAACCUGAGAUGAACAGAAAUAAGGAAGUGAUACCUUUUUCACGAAACAACAUUGUGAUAGUCCGCAAUCCGACAGAAGCAGAAACUCCUUGCCUGAAUGCAUCUAAAGUAGAAGUGAGAAAUAUUUAA